AACCAAUCAGCACACACGUUGGUUCGCUUGUGGUCCUGGUGUGCUGGCUGGCACCGGUAGUUAACCUAGAAUGUGAAGAAUUGUAGCUAGUCUGUAAAAAUAAAAACCUUGCUCUAGUGAGGAAGGAGAAGCGGCGCAGGACUAUGGACCCGGUGAACAAUGCUGAGACAGGAGAUACAGAAACCGAACUGGAGCCGGUCUGUGUUCUUAUUCCGACAGAAACGAGGUGCAAGAAGGAGCAGGAAAAGCUGUCCGGAGUUGUCAAGAAUGUCCAUAGAAAACUGCGAAGAAAAUACAGAGAAGUGGGGGAUUUUGAGAAGAUCUGGCGAGAGCACUGUGAGGAUGAGCAGACUCUGAGUGAAUAUGCCCUGGCCAUGAAGAACCUGGCCGACAACCACUGGGCCAAGACCUGCGAGGGAGAGGGCCGCAUCGAGUGGUGUCGCAGUGUUUGUCAGGAGUAUUUCCUGGAUGGUGGAAUGAGAAGAAUGUUGGAGAAGGAUGAGAAGAGUGCCAGGCUUGCCAUAGCCACCUCAGCUGCAACUCUGAGUACCCAGCCUUAUAGCUCCUUCAUCCCCAGGUCCAUCUCCCAGCUUGGUAAAAUGCGGCUGCUGGACGUUGGCAGCUGUUUUAACCCCUUCCUGAAGUUUGACGAGUUCCUCACAGUCGGUAUUGACAUAGUGCCUGCGGUCGAGAGUGUAUACAAGUGUGACUUCCUUAACCUCCAGCUCCAGCAGCCCCUGCAGCUGGCUAGUGACGCAGUGGAAGCCUUCCUGAGACAGCUGUGUAGCCCCAUUGACGCACUGCCCGCCCAGCUCUUCAACGUGGUGGUCUUCUCCCUGCUCCUCUCCUACUUCCCCUCGCCUUACCAGCGCUGGAUCUGCUGCAAGAAGGCCCACGAGCUGCUGGAACUGCACGGCCUGCUGCUCAUCAUCACCCCCGACUCCUCCCACCAGAACCGCCACGCCCUCAUGAUGCGCAGCUGGCGCGUGGCGGUGGAGUCACUGGGCUUCAGGCGCUGCAAGUACAUUAAGUUCUCCCACAUGCACCUCAUCGCCUUCCGCAAGGUGUCCCUGACCACCACCAGCGACCUGGUCAGCCGUAACUACCCCGAGAUGCUCUACAUCCCUCAGGACUUCCAAUCCCACGAGGAGGAGGACUACACCGACGUGCUGGUUCAGGCGCACUCCGUCUUCGAGGACGACCAGCUGGCGUGGGGCUUCACGGAGCUGCCGGACACGCCCUACGACUCGGAUUCAGGAGAGAGUCAGAGCAGUUCCUUGCCCUUCCUACACGAGCUGGAGGACCCCAUACUGCUGCAGAGCUGAGCUAGACUAGCUAAACCCCUACUAGCUACUCUCUCUCUCUCUCAAAGUCCUUAUUCAAUCCCUAAGGCUCCCCUUGGCCCUAACCUUUCAAUGUUUGCAGAUCUGUAAGGAGGAAAGCAAUAUUGUUGUAGCUUUGCCACUGCACUGCUUAUACCUAACCAGAGCCUUCAGACAUGCAACAUGGGAGGGGCAAGUGGGAGGGAUGGGGAGCAAUUUGAGACCGGCUGUCUCUGUCCCCAACUGCUGCGCUGCCAAAUGAACCUGCUGCAUUCUUCUCACACUCUUCUUUUCCCUUAACUAAACAACGCAGUUUGCACAGAUUGGAAGAAAAAUACGUUUACAGAAGUGAGUUGUUUAUUAUUCGAUAUCUUACAUGGUUAGUCUCUCAACACAACUGCACACACACACAAUAAAUGAGUUUUUUUUUAAAAAUGAAGACAUGGUAGCUGAAUGCCCUCAGGAUAGAUGUAGUUAGCCUGCCCCUUGCAUUUCAUCCCAUCUUUGUGAUCUGUCACGCUCUACUAACAGAAGACAAUCAACCUUUCAAAGGCUUUGUUUUAGUAGUUAAACGGUGAAUGUGCUUCAGUGCCAGCAAGCCGCUGACUUUAAAUCCCUCUUAAAGAGACCGAUACCACAGAGGUUUGUCAGGUUUGGUUAGUGGAAAGAUUGAGAUGGAAAGAGGGAUACGCUUGUUUCUGUAAAUCAGGCACUGCUUUCUCUAAUUCUUGGCGUGCAUUUAGUUUUCCAAAAAAGAAAGAGAAAAAAAAACAAAUUGUUUUACUCAAACUAUGUGGUUUUGUUCACUUUUGAACACUGGUUUUGUCCAACACGAUGUGUGGCAACGCCAUUUUAUUUCAGCGUCUCUUUCACUGAUUCAUAACAAUUAAAGUGAUAUUUGUAGCAUUUUCAGAACCUUAAGGUGUAUGUAGUUACGUUGCCUAGUUAAAGGUUAAAAAAAAAAUAUAUAUAUAUAUAUAUGUACUACAAAAUACAACUUUUCCUAAUGUGAAACUGUUGGGGGUUUUUCAUAGUAUACCAUGGUACGAGUUUUGCAAAAUAGUCAUUGCUCUAUUUUCUCUGCUGGUGUGAAGAAACUGCUAUGUACAUAUGCACAGAUGUUAGCUUACCUUCAAUGUUCAAUACAACCUUAUUUGUAAAACAUUUAAAAAAAAAUAAUAAUACUUUUGUGAGGAACAAUAUUUAGGCUUCAUUAUCUGAUCAAUAAUAGGUCUCUAGUGAUGCCUUGGCUUCUUUAUAGGUAACUGUUGGCUUCUCUAUAGGUACUGGUAACUAGAGAAAUUAUACUGACCACACUAUGUCCACUGAAGUGAAACAUAUAUAUCGACUAAGACACCAGCUUUAGCUAUCAGUUUUACCUAAUUUCCUUUAAAGUACUUCAUAUCUGAGGAGAGCAACGUUGGCCGUAGGAAGAAUUGUUGAAUUCAAAAUGUAGUUUUUUUUUGUUGUCAAUAUUUACUUUUUCAUUCAUAUGUUUGCAGAAUAAGUAUAGUAUCAACAAAUACUGAGUCAUUCAUUGCAUCAGUAAGUUAAUUUGACUAUCCCUUUUAUAUGUAUUUUCAUCCACAACAUGAAAGUACUUAGUGUGUACUCUGCUUAAAGAAAUGUAUUAGCUCCAAACAGUUGUCAAAAUGGUCUUAUGAACUCCAAAAGAUUCGCCUCAAUGAGGUUUUGCACUAAUACCACACGGUCUCAUCAUUAGUCAUGCAAUCUCUGAUCUCAUCAAAGUGCAUUUUAGCAAUAGCCAGGUGUAUCCUGUACUGUAUCCUUAUGGGGAAGGUUUCUGUGUUGUUCUCAAUGACACUAGCACACAAAUACUCAUUUUGUUAUAUAUUUGUAAUGAUGUUUUUGUGUGUGUGGAGAUAUGUAGGUUGAGUGUGCAUGAGUGUUUGUUGUAAUGUACUUGUGUGUGGCACUGUACUUCAUAAAUAGUAGACUAAUCUCUCAGCUGCCAUGAGUCAUGUGAUUCCUGUCAUGGGGGAUAUAGGUUGCGUCCCAAAAUGGCACCCUAUUCCCUUGGUCAAAAUUAGUCCACUAUGUAGGGAAUAGGGUGCCAUUUGGGACGUACCCUUAUGAAUAUAACCAGUAUUAUGUACCUGUACCCUAAUGUUCUCACAUCAGUUUACCUGAAAUCCUAAAGGUGCCUUACUUAUCCCCGGUAAUGUUUUUGCAGUCCUGGUUCUCAUGCCCAUAUGUUAGAGAACUCCCACUUUUCACUUGGCAGUAUACAAUGGGUUUUCUUUGCCAAAUAAUUGUGUUAUGUGCAACUGUACAAAUGAGCUACCAGCUACCACUUAAAAGUAUAAUUGGCUCAACGUUUUACCCUAAGAACAAUGUGUUUUUGUUUAAAGGAUGUCAUUUGUCAUUGAUAAUAAUUACAUAUUGCUUUCAACUUGCUAUACAUCCGUUGUAACUAGAUAACUUUCUGGUCAGUUCAUGUUUGAUGUACUUUAAUCUAUUUAUCUUUAACAGAAGAGACAGACAUUUCUCAUUACAAAUCAUUUGCUUGAGGGUUGUGAAUUGUACCAGUAAGCAAUUAGUGACACACUCAUCCUUGUAUCUGUCUUCCAAGAGUUUGAUUCCAUUACUUUCAUAAACAGCUUCAUUUUCAGUAUUAAGGAUUUUGACAAUUGCAGGACAAUGUGUGCAUGGUUGUUAUUCUAUUUUAUAAAUGAAUGUUAAUGCAGCUUCCAUGUCUGAUUUUAUUGUGUACUCCAUUCUGUUUUUGUUUUUUUUAUAGGACUGAGGUGAACUUGAGUCGUUGUAUUGGUCAUAUUUAUUAGAGCAUAAAUAUAGCAAAGUGUAGUAGGUUUCACUUCUAUUGUAGUUUUUAAUUUUCAGUUGAUGAGAGUAAUUUUACAGUAGUUCUAGAUGUGCUACAUGUCAAGUUGUUGCUACUGUAAACUAUGAUUUAUUAUUGAUCACCAGGCUUCAUGAGAUGGGCUCUCUUCUUCACUUGCUGGUAUUGGAGUUGGCCCAAGGCAAACUAUCACCGACUGCACUCUUAAAAAUAAAAGGUUUGGAUCCUG